ACAGCUCACAGCACUGCCAGAUCCUCAACCCACUGAGCAAGGCCAGGGACUGAACCCGCAUCCUCAUGGAUAUUAGUCAGGUUCAUUACCGUUGAGUCAUAACCAGAAUUCCCCACAACCAUUUUUUUUAACCUCACAUUGUUUCGGAGGAAUUUUCCAUGUCAUGAAACACAAGUUAUUUUAAGUGCUGUAUAUCCUUCCAUCAUUUAGAUGUACUGUUGUUUAUUUAACUCUUUCCCUAGCACUGAAUAUUUACAUUCUUUCCAGCUACUUCUACUGUAAAUCAGGCUAUAGUGAACAUUUCCGUGCCUGUAUCUUUGCCCCCAUCUCCAGUUAUUUUCCUUAGGAUACAGUCCCCUAAGGAGACUUACUGCAACAAGGGACAUGGACUUUGGUAGAUGUAGCAAAUUUUCUGAGAGCUGGCCAGCUCUCUCUUUAAUGCCCCAAACAUUCCGCUGUGGAAAUGUGGCCAAGUUCUUUAAUAUUUCCUUCUAGAAUCAGAGCCUGAGCAGCGCAACUUGCUGGCUGAUCCUAACGACCACCCAAGGUUUAAGGCAGUGUCUUUUUUUUUUUUUUUCCCUGUCACACCCAUGCUGUGCAGAAGUUCCUGGGCCAGGGAUUGAACCAGUUGCACAGCAGCGACCCAGCCUCUUGCAGUGACAGCACCAGAUCCUUAACCCAUCGCACAGGAGAAUUCCUGGGGCAAUGUCUUUUUGCCCCCUUCUCCCUGUCAGGACACUGAGAGCCUUCCAGGAGGGUCUAAAACUACAGAGCCCCUUGAUGCUUCCCGCCCUGGAGGACCAGCUCAGCACCCUCCUGGCCCCAGUCAUCAUCUCCUCCAUGACGAUGCUGGAGAAGCUCUCAGACACAUAUACCUGCUUCUCCACGGAAAAUGGCAGCUACCUGUAUGUCCUUCAGCAGUUUGGAGAAUGCCUGUUCAUCGCUAUCAACGGAGACCACACAGAGGGUGAGGGGGACCUGCGGCAGAAGCUGUGUGUGCUCAAGUACCUGUUCGAGGUGCACUUCGGGCUGGUUACCAUGGACAGCCAGCUCAUCCGAAAGGAGUUGCGGCCCCCAGACCUGGAGCAGCGUGUGCGGGUGUGGGAGCAUUUCCAGAGCCUGCUGAGGACCUACGGCCGCCUGCGGGAGCAGGAGCAGUCUUUCGCAGUAGAGGCUGUGGAGCGGCUGAUCCACCCUCAGCUCUGCGAGUUGUGCAUAGAGACGCUGGAGCGGCACGUGGUCCAGGCCAUCAACUCCAGCCCCAGACGGGCCGGUGAGGAGGCCCUGCACACCUUCCUGCUCGUGCACUCCAAGCUGCUGGCUUUCUACUCCAGCCACAGUGCCAGCUCCCUGCGCCCAGCCGACCUCCUUGCCCUCAUCCUUCUGGUGCAGGACCUCUAUCCCAGCGACAGCACAGCUGAGGACAGUGACAUCCAGCCCCGUCCACAGAUGGCCCGCCGCAGCGAGAGCAUCCCUGUGCAGCAGGCCUGGAGCACUUGUUCUGCAGACCCAACGGGGAGGAGUUCUGCGGGGACCGAGACGGACAACUUCUCCCUCCCUGAGGAGUACUUCACACCAGCUCCCUCCCCCGGGGAGCGGAGCUCAGGUAGCACUGUCUGGCUGGACGGGGACACCCCACCCACCGAUGCUCCCCAGGUUCAGAUGGCCGAGGACACCCUCCAGACGCUGGUCCCUCACUCCCCAGGACUGUCCAGCCCCAGGAGAAUUUUCCUGGACGCCAGCGUGAAAGAGAACUACUGCCCCAUGGUGCCACACACCAUGUACUGCCUGCCCCUGUGGCCGGGCAUCACCAUGGUGCUCCUGACCAAGAGCCCCAGCACCCCCCUGGCCCUGGUCCUGUACCAGCUGCUGGAUGGGUUUUCUCUGCUGGAGAAAAAGCUGAAGGAAGGCCAGGAGGCCGGGAGUGCCCUGCGGUCUCACCCCCUCAUGGGAGACCUGCGCCAGCGGAUGGACAAGUUUGUCAAGAGUCGAGGUGGGCAUGAGCUUCAGGGCACCUGGCUGGAGUUUAAGACCAAGGCCUUCUCCAAAAGUGAGCCUGGAUCGUCCUGGGAGCUGCUCCAGGCCUGCGGGCGGGUGAAGCGGCAGCUCUGUGCCAUCUACCGUCUCAGCUUCCUGACCACGGCUCCAGGCCAGGGAGGCCCCCACCUGCCCGAGGACCUUCAGGACCAGGUCCAGACGCUCAUGCAAGAAAAGCUGGCGGACUGGAGGGACUUCUUGUUGGUGAAGAGCAAGAGAAACGUCACCAUGGUGUCCUACCUGGAAGACUUCCCGGGCUUGGUGCAUUUCAUCUACGUGGACCGCACCACUGGCCAGAUGGUGGCCCCCUCCCUCAGCACCAGUGAAAGGACUUCUUCGGAGCUGGGCAGGGGGCCCCUGGCCACCUUCGUCAAAACCAAGGUCUGGUCCCUGAUCCGGCUGGCACGCAGGUACCUGCAAAAGGGCUACACCACGCUGCUGUUCCGCGAGGGGGACUUCUACUGCUCCUACUUCCUGUGGUUCGAGAACGAGAUGGGCCACAAACUCCAGAUCAUCGAGGUGCCUGUCCUGUCUGACGACUCAGCUCCCGUCGGCAUGCUGGGAGGAGACUACUACAGAAAGCUCCUGCGGUACUACAGCAAGGGCCACCCCGCCGAGGCCGUCAGGUGCCACGAACUGCUGGCCCUCCACCUGUCAGUCAUCCCCACGGACGUGCUGGUGCGGCAGGCAGCUGAGCUGGCCCGGCGCCUGGGGGAGGCCUCGCGCAUGCCCCUGCCCUAGGCCAGAGGAGGGGGGUGCUCCCGUGCAUCUGCCUGUGCCCCCUGUUCUCCAGGCCCACGUUGCUUGCGUAUGUCCCCAUGAUGAGAGCCUCCUCCUCAUAGCAGCCACCUGAGGACGUCACAGUCCAGGGAGGCCCCAAGCUUUCUUAAAGAAACUCCACCUUGACCAGCCUCAGCCCCAGUAACGAGCAAAUCCCCAAACCUUUCUGUCUGGAGGAGGGGAGGCCAGAGUAUUCCUUCAGUCUCAGAACAGCAGCGACCGUGAGGGUAGAGCUGGGGCAGCCCCCUUUUGGAGAAAGUCCCCGGUACCUGCGGGUAUCUGCCCUUCUCAGUGGAGAGAGCGCCCUCAGGAAGCCAGUUCCCCCCCAAACCAAAGGUGCUCCCG